GGUAGGCAAUUCCAAAUUCCGACAAAUGAAACCAUAAAGGCAUCUUUUCUUGUAAUAAAGGGACAGAGCCCUCUUAAGGAUCUUAUGCCUGAAAGAAAGAUUCCUCCACAUCGAACUUCGCUCCAACCGAAGUUCUCAUCUGCCUGCAACCCUUUGACAUAUAUAUAUGUAUGAAACCCUUCUUGUUUUCAAGAUCAUCACCACCAGUACCGAAACUGAAAUAUGGAAGCAACUCUCCUUCUACCAAGCGAGUUUGUCGUACGACCAAAUUUCACGACCCUGGCGGCGGUUCCUUGUUAUCGAAGACGAACUAGUCCGUCUCGGGUCUUUGCAGUGCUCACGAGUCAACCGGCAAACAGACUUGUCUUGGAGAAAGUUUUGGUCGCUGACCCAGCAGAAGAUCAUGUCAGGAAUAGUAAAAGUGAGGCGGUUGUUGACAAUACGCUGAGCAGGACGGUUAAUCACGAUAGCUGGUUCGAUCUUUUGGCCACAAACCACCUCUCGCGGAGUGUCCAAGCCGCAGUUGGAAUAAGGAACGAGAAGAGAGGAUACGAGAGCUUGGUGGAGGCAGCUAGGGCUGUCUACAAGAACUUCAACCCAAUCCAGCAACGGGAGCUGGUCAUCUUGGCCCUCCAGAAGGCCUUCCCUAGCACCGUCCUCAAUUUGAUAAGGACAGUGCUGCCGAACUCGGGAUUGGCAAGAGAAUUUUUUGCUGCCUUCACCACUGUCUUUUUUGCGUGGCUCGUCGGACCUUGCGAGGUGAAGGAAUCUGAGUUCAAUGGGAAGAAAGAAAGGAAUGUAGUCCACAUCAAGAAAUGCAGAUUUCUCGAAGAGUCGAAUUGCGUGGGGAUGUGCCUUAAUCUAUGUAAGGUGCCCUCCCAAACUUUCAUCAAGGACUCUCUAGGAAUGCCUGUCGACAUGGUACCCAAUUUUGAUGACAUGAGUUGCGAGAUGGUAUUUGGAAAGGAACCUUUGAAGCUGAAGGACGAUCCGGCAUUCAAGAAACCAUGCUAUAAGCUAUGCAACGCAAAACAAAAGCACACAGCAAAUUGCAUCAGUUAAUACAAGGACAACAGAGAUUGACCAUAAGCAAAAAACCUCAGCUGACAUCAGUGCCAGAUACAAGGCCCCUUUUGUCUCUCAGGAUUAAUCUCGUCUUUUUUCUUCCUCUUUCUUUCAGUUUAAAAUUCUGAGUUUUUUUCAUUUUUGAACGUCUAAAGGAAAUGGGUAUAGUCACUAUUUAAUUACAUAUCAACCUUUUAUACUUAUAAGAUGCACAGACAGAACAAGGGAAUAGUCAAAAUAUCAAGCAGUGUAACAAAGUGAUGGUGGGAGCAGCAACCAGAAACAGGGGAGGCAAAAAAGUGAGGCCAUAUGUAUGGCCGUUGAUCUUAGUGGGUUCCCACACUUUGCUACCAUUUUGAUGACCUCUAAUUUGAAAAGAAAGAUUGCAUGAUGUUGCUGCUUAAGCAGUGUUUAGAAAA